GGCACAGCUGGAUGAAGAAGGGCAGUUUCUUGUCAGAAUAAUUUACGAUGAUUCCAAAACCUAUGAUCUGGUUGCAGCUGCAAGCAAAGUCCUCAAUCUAAAUGCCGGGGAAAUUCUUCAAAUGUUUGGGAAGAUGUUUUUUGUGUUUUGUCAAGAAUCCGGUUAUGAUACAAUUCUACGUGUCUUGGGCUCAAAUGUCAGAGAGUUUUUGCAGAACCUGGAUGCUUUGCAUGACCACCUUGCCACUAUUUACCCGGGUAUGCGAGCCCCUUCCUUUAGAUGCACUGAUGCGGAGAAGGGGAAGGGACUCAUUCUGCAUUACUAUUCAGAAAGAGAAGGGCUCCAGGACAUUGUCAUUGGAAUCAUCAAAACAGUAGCUCAACAGAUCCACGGUACAGAAAUAGAUAUGAAGGUUAUUCAACAAAGAAAUGAGGAAUGUGACCACAUUCAGUUUUUAAUUGAAGAGAAAGAGUCUAAAGAAGAGGACUACUAUGAAGACCUUGACAGAUUUGAAGAAAAUGGUACCCAAGAGUCUCGCAUCAGUCCCUAUACUUUCUGCAAGGCCUUUCCUUUCCACAUAAUAUUUGACAGAGAUCUGGUGGUCACGCAGUGUGGCAAUGCUAUCUACAGAGUCCUUCCACAGCUGCAGCCAGGAAAUUGCAGUCUGUUGUCAGUUUUCUCCUUGGUCCGACCUCAUAUUGAUAUUAGUUUCCAUGGGAUCCUCUCACAUAUCAAUACAGUCUUUGUACUGAGGACCAAGGAGGGGCUGUUGGAUGUGGAAAAGCUGGAGUGUGAAGAUGAACUGACUGGCACAGAAAUCAGCUGCUUACGCCUGAAAGGGCAAAUGAUCUACUUGCCUGAAGCAGACAGUAUUCUCUUUCUUUGUUCACCAAGUGUGAUGAACUUAGAUGAUUUAACCAGAAGAGGUUUAUAUCUGAGUGAUAUUCCAUUGCAUGAUGCUACCCGUGAUCUGGUUCUUUUGGGAGAGCAGUUCAGAGAGGAAUAUAAACUGACUCAAGAGCUUGAGAUCCUCACUGACAGACUGCAGCACACACUGCGUGCACUGGAAGAUGAAAAGAAGAAGACAGACACAUUACUGUACUCUGUUCUACCACCAUCAGUGGCAAAUGAGCUGAGACACAAGCGUCCUGUUCCAGCUAAGCGGUACGACAAUGUGACCAUUCUUUUCAGUGGCAUUGUUGGAUUCAAUACCUUCUGUAGUAAACAUGCCUCUGGAGAGGGAGCCAUGAAGAUUGUUAAUCUUUUAAAUGAUCUUUACACGAGAUUUGAUAUUCUGACUGAUUCACGAAGGAAUCCAUUUGUUUAUAAGGUGGAAACAGUUGGGGACAAGUAUAUGACAGUGAGUGGUCUACCAGAGCCUUGCAUUCAUCAUGCACGAUCUAUCUGCCACCUGGCAUUGGAUAUGAUGGAAAUAGCAGGCCAAGUUCAAGUAGAUGGUGAGCCUGUACAGAUAACAAUAGGAAUCCAUACUGGUGAGGUAGUCACAGGUGUCAUAGGCCAAAGGAUGCCACGUUACUGUCUCUUUGGAAAUACCGUCAAUCUAACAAGCAGAACAGAAACUACUGGAGAAAAGGGAAAGAUCAAUGUCUCUGAAUAUACUUACAGGUGUCUUAUGACACCAGAAAAUUCAGAUCCUCAGUUCCACCUGGAGUACAGGGGUCCAGUUUCUAUGAAGGGUAAAAAAGAACCAAUGCAGGUUUGGUUUUUGUCCAGAAAGAGUACAGAGACAGAGGAAACAAAGCCAGAUGCUUUCUGAGCUGAGCGAAGAGGAAGAGGACGCUGGAUAGGGUGCAAUACUGACUCCAAAUAGGGUGCCAGGCAGUAAGGUUGAGUUAUGGAUGUUAUUUCACGUCCUAUCUCCCAUUCCCAUGUGCCGUACCAUUGUCUUUUGCCCUGCUCCUGAAAUCAUACUCACCAUUUUUCUCCAGGCUCGCUUGCUAUUUUUUUUUCUUAAGGUUUGGUAUUGUUAUCUCUCUGCUAUGAGCAUGUAUUUCAAGCUUUCCUUUUUUUGAUAUGCAUUUUUGCACGUCAGUCAUGUGGCCCUUCCUACCACCAAGAUAAUAUUGAAUAAAAUUUUGUAGCAUGCACGCCACAACUAACCACUUCAAUUGAUGCUUCACAUCUUCAUCUUCAUCUCUGAAGUAUAGUGGUUACGUGAAUCUCUGACAUUUCUGGAAAGAUAGGUAUUUCAGCUGUUGGGCAGAACAGUGAACCAAAAGAACUAUUUUUAAAAAUAAUACCUAAAGAAGCAUUAUGAAAAUUAUUGUAUAAAUGUUGUUUAUCAGAUUUAGUUCUGCUAUUACCAUGCUUCCCAUCCAUUUUGUGAAUAACACUUGAUGCACUGUAAAUUCC